AUGCACACGCAAACAUUCGUAUUAACUUAGGGUGUAAUAUAUAUAGCCUCUGGUUAAGUUUUGCUUGAUAUUACUGUAUAAAAGGGCGAUCGAGAAACAAACUCGUCAUUUGGUCUGCAGCAUCUGUCUCAUACUAGCAUCAACAUGAAAGUCUUGAUCCUUAGCAUCUUCUUGGCUUGCGCCUCCGCCCAGUACUACCCUGGUUUCUACGGCUAUCCCGCCACCAGCCAGUUCCACGCUCAAGAUGUGCUGGGACAGGCCUCUUAUGGCUAUGCUUACCCCGGACAGGCUGCUUCCAACUACCGUGACAUUUUCGGCAACCAAUUCGGUUCUAACAUAUAUGAUAUGGGACCCGAAGGAUUAGUUCGUGUCAACUACGUCGCCGAUGCCGUUAACGGUUUCCGUGUUGUGUCCACCUUGCCUGUGGCUCCCGAAGAUACCCCUGAAGUAGCUGCUGCCAAGAUUGAACACGCUAAACCCGUCAAAGAGGCCGCAACCAAGAGAGCUGCCGAACCCGCUGCUAGCCCCACUAAGUGCCAGGUUUGUUUCUGAUUCGAUUUGAACCAGAAAGGUCAACCUGACCAGUCUGUUGUUCCAGUCACACCCGUGUCACACCCGUUCUUAAGACCUACCCUUAUUAUCCCUAUGCUGCCCUCCCUUACUCUGGUUACUACCCAACUUACCCAACUGCUUUCCCUUUCUUGGGUUAACUGAUACCGAAACAAAGCACAUACAGCAUUUGACUCCUUUUUAAAUCACGUUGCUCAGCAACCAUUUCAAUCGUUUGAUAUUGUUCUUGGUAAUGUGAGAUUGUAUUGGAAAUUGGCUUGGAAGGAAUUACAUUUUUGUUUUGUUUUUUUAAAA